AUGUUACAGAAAGCUGAGAAAGGCUUACGGCGCGUGGCUGCCAGAAAGCGAUUGCUGUUGAGAAGCCGUGGGGGUUGUCAAUGGCUGGAAAAGCAAAGUCAACAGCCGUUGCUUCUCUGUCGACGAAAAUCAACUCCUGGAUGGUGGCGAGGGCCGGCCGGAGGGGCCGCGGGGCUGUGCCGCCGGGAGUCGUGGACAGCGCGGAACUUCGGCACACGAGGAACUCAGGAGCGAGCCGAACUGCCGGGAGAGGAAAGGGGAAGGAAGGUCGCUCAGGAGAGCGCCGCUGCGGAGGAAUCCUGUUUUCUGGCAGCGGAGGGAUUUGGCCGCACGCUUACUUCCGGCGAACGUCGACCGGAGAGGGGGGAAAAAAAUUCUGAAGGAAACAAUAACAAACGCCAGAGGAAGCGGGGUCGGUCUGCGAGUGUGGAGCGAGUCUCUCUCGAGAAGAUGAGCUUCGGCCCCUGUCAGGGGACGUGA